GGGAGAACUUCUGAUGGUCCAAUGAGGCAUCAAUCAAGGAUGCACCAAGGCCGUCUACGACUUCGCCCCUGGCUGGAGGAACAGAUUCAUUCUGGGAAGUACCCUGGGGUUGUGUGGCUUGACGAGCCAGCCAAGAUUUUCCAGAUCCCAUGGAAACAUGCUGCUCGACAUGGUUGGAAUAUAGACAAGGACGCCACUCUGUUCCGAAACUGGGCAAUUCACACUGGCAGGCACAAACCUGGCAUAGACAACCUGGACCCAAAGACAUGGAAAGCGAACUUCCGCUGCGCUCUCAACUCUCUGCCAGACGUAAGGGAGUUGCACGACAAGAGCAUGAAGAAAGGGAGCAACGCUUUCAGGGUGUAUGUCAUGCUGCCUAGCGCCAAGAGCCAAAGGAGAAGGAAAGGCAAGCAUUGAAAGUCCCCCCAUAAACUCAACUGUGAUGGUCACAUUACCAACAGCAUGUCCACAAGCAAUUAUUAUGUGCUAAUAGAAUGCUAGAACUGAACAUAACAAGCCUUGUGUUUUCCAUUUAGUACAACUUCUGAGUGAAACUGAUCACUGAUCCGAUCU